AUGGAAAGGUCUCAACGCAUAGACGUUCAGGAAAAAACCAUUGAAGCCUUCAAUAAAUUGAAUUAUGUUCACCCACGUACAAAUAAAGUAAUCGAACUCAGUAAGGAACUUAUCGAACAAGAAAUUCACAAAGCGAAGUUUUAUCCAAAUGGUUCAGCUUUAACUAGAGAAAUUGUUCCUGAGUUUCAAGAAAAACCAGAUAUAAAAGUGGUGGAUGGUGAUUGUCUAAAAAGAGCUUUGGAAAUGGUGAGAGAAGGUUUUAAUCCUUUGGUAUUAAACAUGGCUAGUGCAACUAAGGCUGGUGGUGGUUACAAAAAUGGUGCGGGAGCCCAAGAAGAAAAUCUUUUUCGUCGUACAAAUCUUUAUCAAUAUCAUGAACGUAACAAAAAAAAUUGGUACCCCAUACCAUCAUUAGGAGGGGUAUACUGUCCUAAUGCAACUGUUAUUAGAUCUAGCGAGCAUGAAAAAUAUGAAUUUUUGGAAGUUCCCAAGAUACUUUCUUUUGUGGCAGUAGCAGCAAUACGCCGCCCAAAAAUCAUCAAAGAUCAAUCUGGAGAAUUUACUUUAACUCCUGAAGACAUAAGAAAAACUCGACAUAAAAUUCGAUCGAUUCUUAACAUAGGAUUACAUCAUGGCCAUGAUUCAAUAGUUCUCAGUGCAUUUGGAUGUGGGGCUUAUGGUAACCCUCCGUCUACUAUGGCUCAAUUAUUUUAUGAUGUCAUUUCAAACGAAUACGCUGGUGGUGGAGAGAAUUUGCCCAAGACUUAUCGUCAUAUAUCUUUUGCCAUAUUUGAUGAUAAUAACGCAAGUAAAAAGCAUAAUCCGGAAGGCAAUCUUCUACCUUUUAAAAACCGGUUUGCUAACGGCGUAGAGGACAAACAAAUUAAAAAUGUUGAUAGCACAAUUUAUUCUACUUCGAUUGUCUCACAAGAUAAUGAAUCACCAAAACUUAUAAAUGAAAUUGACGGAAACAAAACAAGUAAUAAUGAUCAAUGGAAACAAUAUCAAAAUAAUGAAAGAGAAGGUAAUGAUGGUAGGGGUGGUUGGGGUGGCAGAGGAGGUAGGAAUAGUUGGGGUGGCAGAGGAGGUAGGAAUAAUUGGGGUGGCAGAGGUGGCAGAGGUGACAGGGGUGGUAGGGGUGGUAGGGGAAGAAGAGGAAAUUCACAAUCUCGUUCUUCAAAUAGUAGUGGACAAACGACCUUGGAUACUUAUUUUAAGCCAUCACAGGAUCAAUUAUGCCAUUUGAAAAAGAAGGGAUAUUCAGAGGCAAAUAUCGCACGCGCAUUCAAUAUAAAUAAGGGAGAUGAGGAAGGGGCUAUGAAAUGGUUGAAUUCAAAUGUUGUGCCUGAUGAAUUUGAUGAAUUUGAUGAACUUGAUGAAACGAUAAUUCCUGAUCAUAAUGAUGAUUUAAAUGAUUAA